AUGGAGAUAGACGCUUAUAUCGACUUAGAUAUAUCGCAGGAAGAUUUACGAAAUAUAGAUUUGCUGGAAGCUAGCAUUUUUAGUGAGAUACCAGAACGAAUCUGUGAGGAAGAAAGUGAUAAUGAUGAUCCAAUUCCAUCAAAAAAGCGUAAGCGCAUCUUUAUCGCCAGUGAUUCGGAUAGUGACGACGAUCCAGACGAAACCUUAAACUCUAGAAUCUGCGAACUACAGGAUAACGCUCGUCAAAGUUGGUCAACACCAAAAGGUCACCAGCCAUCAGUUAUUGCAUUUACUGAACCCACAGGUACGAAGCAACCGUAUGCAAAACAGCUCCAGCUGGAGAAUAUUAUAGCCUGGUUGUUCCGGAUAAGAUUUUUGAAGAAAUUGCCAUGCAAACGAAUUUGUUCGCAGUACAAACGGGACCAAGCUCUAAACCAUCAUCGCGGUCACGUUCAUGGAAACCAACAACCACAGACGAAAUAA